GUGAAAGCUGAAAUGCUCUAACGGAGUUUUAAGCAUCGGUCCUUUUUUCCUAUGCCAUACUACAAAGUUAGAGGUAGAUUGAGAUUGCUCCAUUCGAACAAAUCCCUUUUAAGAAUUAGGCCAUGAUUGAGUACGAAGAAAGGUUAAUUUUCGAGUAGGAGACACAAUAGAUUCAAUAGGAUUAUGCUUUUGGUUAAUCGAAUAACUAGGUGGCUGGAAGGAAAGUUUUUACAAGAUGAAGAAUAAAAUUAUAGAGAGAGAAAGAAAUGUGUUAUAGAGAGAGAACCUCUCGAUAUCUAAUAAUCUUUCUAGAACUCUUAUUCUUCUUGAUACAUCCUUGUUAAUUUUGACUUUAAUUUGAAAAAAUUUCUAAUCAAUACUUUUUUUUAAGCUUCAAAUGCCUCGUUUUUCACAAGAAGAAAAAAAAAGGAAAAGAGAGGAUAUAGCAAGUCUCUCUAAAGUCUCCCCUCAAAAAAAAAAAAAAAGUCUAUCUAAAGUCUAACCCUAAACCAAUAACCAUCGAAUCGAUUAAAUCUCCUCUCUCUCUCUCUCUCUCAAUCCAUCCAUCCAACUUUUCCUCGGAAAACAUAACAAUUCAACUAUUAUUAAUUCACCUUCAAUUGAAAGGUUCAUACGAUUAGUGAGAGAAACUUUUUUUGCGAGCAAAUUAAUCUCUAGAUCGAAACUCAAAUCUUCCACAAAAGAUUGAAGUUUAUGGUAUUGAAGUGAUUGCGACGGACAAAUGCCAUCGACUUUGAGCACAGAGAGAAAUUGCCAAGUGAAUUUGAUUGGCGAUACGGAUGCCGUCUCUCAUGCUUCUGGUGUUGCUGGAAUUGCAUACCCAGAGAAGAGUUGUAAUGGAAAUGGCUUGUCGGAUUAUGUGACCGGAUGGAUGUAUCUUAAUGAGCAAGGCCAGAUGUGUGGGCCUUAUCUUCAGCAACAGUUGUUUGAGGGCUUGUCAACGGGGUUUUUGCCGGAUGAGCUUCCUGUUUAUCCUAUUGUGAAUGGUGCAUUACUCAAUCCUGUGCAGUUGAAGUUCUUUAAGCAGUAUCCUGACCAUGUUGCCACAGGAUUUGCGUAUCUUGCAAGAGAUACGUCUGAUGUGUCCACAACCACCAACUGCCAUGUUGCUGUAGUUGGGCAAGAUACCCCUAAAGAUUCUGUUUCAGUUUUGCAUAGUUAUGAUCAACAAAGUUAUGCAAAUCAUAACUCUUACGGCUCUAAUGUGAUAGUGUCGGACUCAAACUUAGCUCCAGGGAUCACUAUGGCUCCGCAGCAGGCACUUUCUUGGAGUGAAAGAUGUUGGGUAUUCCUGGACGGAUAUGGGACAGCUAUGGGACCACAUUCUCUUUCAGAUCUUUGCUAUUGGCAUCAGUAUGGUUAUCUACACAGUUCAGUUAUGAUACGUCAUAUGGAUAAUAACUGUAGUCCUUUCACUCUGCUGUCUUUGAUUAAUGCAUGGAGGAAAGAGAGUUUAUCAUCAGUGUCUGCAUCAGAGAUUAAAAAUACUGGCUCGUCGGAACUUAUAUCAGAAAUAUCGGAAGAAAUUGGGUCUCAAUUGCAUGAUGGAAUCAUGAAGUCAGCUCGCCGGUUUGUUUUUGAUGAACUAAUUGCCAAUGUCAUUGUGGACUUUGUUGCUAUGAAGAAGACUCAGAAACAAAUCAAGAGCGAACAUGUUUCUGAGGAUUCCAGAAAGUGCUCGCUUGAAUUUGAAAGGACCAAAGCCAAUGCUGAGCAAAGGAAUACUUUUGCUUCAAGUGUUGCAACAGUUUCCUGCCCGGGUGAUGUCUCAACUUCUUCAAAUUCAGCUAAUUUUGAGGAGUCUUGCAACGUCCAGAACAUAAAAUGUAUUGGCAGUUUUGAGAAUUUUCAGGUGGCCAGAAAAGCCAUCAGCCAGAUGCUUUUUGACUACUGUAUGCCGGUUUUGUGGAAUGCUGUUUUUUAUGAACCUGUUGCAAAUUCUGCACUCACUUGGAGAAAUAAUAAACGAUGGUCACAUAACAGUACUGAAGGAGCAGCUGUUUUGGAUGAAAUCUCCACUGGUUUCCAGAAGACCGCAGAAGUUAAAACCGAUGUUAGAGAGCUGGGUGCACCUGCUGUGGAACUUGAUUGUCCCCCCGGAUUUCAUGUUAUUGUGCAGGAUAAGUUAUCUAAAUCCAGUGCUCAGCAUCAUGGUGAAGACAGGGAAGGGUUAUUUGCUAGGGUAGAAGAGGAACUUUUCAUGUCUGCAAAAACAUCCAUGGUUGAUUUCCUGGAUAUUAUUGUUGAAAAUGAAGUUUAUAAGCUAUCUAGGCGCGUGAAGAAUAAUGUAAUAAGUGAGGUAAUUGCAAAAUUGAGUUUGAUGGUUCCUGUUGAAAUGUCGGGACUAUUGUGUAAUGACAUCGAUAGUGGAGAACAUGCUGCUUUGAAGAUGGUCCAGGGGAUGGACUCUGGAUGCAUCUGCAUCGAUGAAUCUCAGAUCCUUUCACAAGAGAUUAAAUCAUUAGAUCAGCCUGCUGUGUCUCUGCACAAGCACCCUUCAUCUGAUUUUCUUGGAAUCAGCUUCAGGAGAUUGGGUGCACCUUCUAGCACAGCAAUGGAUGAUUGUUCAACUGAUGAACCACUGCCCCCUGGAUCUGCUGAUUCGGCAGUUGAGCCUUCUCUUGAUCAAUUGAAGAUUCCUAUUGAGGCAAUAAGAUCUUGUCAGACAGCUGAUCCACCAUACGGAUAUGAUUCAUCUGACUUCAUAGGAAGUGCUUUCAAGAGAAUGGGUAUGCCUUUCUUCAGUGAAACUGAUGAUCAAAGAACUGAUGAGCCCGCAAUUUUUGGAUUUGGGUGUAAUAAGAAAGAUAUGGUUUCAUCAAGCAGCUUCAAGUUCCGGCAGUUAGGGUUAGUUGAGAGCAUUCCCAAGCAGAAGAAGUUUAUGGUCUUGGCUUUAUGCCGCCAAAAGUUGCAUGAUGAUGUGCUCAGAGAGUGGCUAUCCUCUUUUGAUGAUGAUAUGCGUCUCUUAUUGAAGCAACGUGAUCUUGUUCAGGAGGAAGUCAGUAUCGGAAGUGAAAAAUUUCAUAAAAUAAACCCUUCCAUGCAGUCUGAGCUUGACCUUCUUAUGGAAAGAUCAAAGAGUUGUCACAGCUCGGGGCCAUCUGAAGUUUCAGUUGUUGAAGAGUUUACUUAUUCACGGCGAAAGAAAGUGCUUAAUAAAUCAGGAGCUGAGCCAAGUUCUCCACCUUUACGGGAUAUUAAGCUACGCCAUCAAUCAUUGAUGAAGUUUGGAAAACCAAAGAGUUCCAAGAGUGUUUCUGGAUCAGCAGCUUCAGGUAUUGUAAAUUUAAAGCACAAGGCUAAAGGAUUGUGCCUGAAGGAAACAGGAUCAUUCACCGAAACUUCUAAAAUGGGAGCUGUGAAACGAAAUUUAGCCAGAAAUUGUCAAUCAAUCAGGUCGUCUAAUGGUCAAAAACUGCAAAAGAUUGCUGGGCCUUCUCAGAGCACUGUUUCUUUGGAGGAUCCGGAAUAUGGAGUAGAAAGGGUUACAAGUGUAGAAGCGGAUAUGAAAGAUAAUAUCCUUAGUGGCAGCAGCACCCAUAAGACUGCCAACAAGGAUAAAUUCGCUGCUGAUCGUCCCCAAAGGAUGAAGCAAGCAACUACAAUAUUGAAGCUGAAAAGAAAGAAUUUGGUUGAUGAUUCACCUUCACAUCCAUCAAAAUUUCCGAAGCUUGUGGAUGAUGAUGCAAAGCAAGCAGCUUUGAAAAAGGCUGGAAAAAGCACUAAGUUGAGCAAGUCCAAGAUGUCUAGUUCCUGUCCAGUGUCUAAGGGUUGUGCUCGAUCUUCAAUUGAUGGAUGGGAAUGGCAUAACUGGUCCUUACAUGCAAGACCUGCUGAAAGAGCUCGUGUCAGGGGAAUUAAAAUAACUACAAUGCAGCGUUUUACUUCUGAUAUCAAUGUUUCACAUUCAUCACAUGUUAAGGGAAUCUCUGCUAGGACCAACCGAGUUAAAAUGCGGAACCUACUAGCAGCAGCAGAGGGUGCUGAGCUAUUAAAGGCUUCUCAAUUAAAGGCUAGGAAAAAGCGUCUACGUUUCCAACGGAGUAAGAUUCACGAUUGGGGUCUUGUUGCACUGGAACCAAUUGAAGCAGAGGAUUUUGUCAUUGAAUAUGUUGGGGAACUAAUUCGACCUCGGAUAUCUGAUAUCAGGGAACGGGAAUAUGAGAAGAUGGGUAUAGGCAGCAGUUACCUUUUCAGACUGGAUGAUGGUUAUGUGGUUGAUGCUACAAAACGUGGUGGAAUUGCUAGAUUCAUAAACCAUUCAUGUGAGCCUAAUUGUUACACCAAAAUUGUAAGUGUUGAGUGCCAAAAGAGGAUAUUUAUCUAUGCAAAACGGCAUAUAUCUGCUGGUGAAGAGAUCACGUAUAAUUACAAGUUUCCGCUCGAGGAGAAAAAGAUCCCAUGUAAUUGUGGUUCUAAAAGGUGCCGUGGUUCAAUGAAUUAAAUGGAUUUGAGGCUCGUAUUUCAUUGCAGGUGUCCUGUCAGUAGAAACUUAUCCAUGCUUGACACCAGGAUUUGAGUUCAAUGGCUACCAAAGGUGAAGAGCUAUCAAGUCAUGUGCACUUAUGUAGAUGGUCUGUCAACUGCAGAUGAGUUUCUACCCUUGGAAACUGAGUACAUGAAUCUCCAAUGGACUUACUAUUUGCCGGGGGGCCAGUUCUUAUAUCUUUGUGCAAAAUCAUCUGCGUAUUGGCAAAAUUCGGGCGUGAACCUUAACUUGCAAAGCUUCCCUCAACUUAUCCGCUAGUUCUCAUUCGUGUGUGGUUUUUAUUAAAUUUUCAAUCUGAAAAACCAUCGAGAAAGUUCAGGCAAUGAUCCAGACGAUUUCACGAGCAAUGGGGUUAAAGCAUUUCAGUGGUGUUUUAUCUCUGAACGUUAAAUGAACUGAAAUGUCACAAACGGCAAAGAAUUAGUGAGAGUUCACUUUCAACUUAAACUUCUCUUUCAGAAAACAAUUAGCUGAAACAAGAAAAUAUUAACCAAUCUCGUAGAGCCCAUUAAAUCAUCUAUUCUUGAGGGAAUCAUGGUUAUAAUGAGUUAUAAACCAUUUCUUAUAUACUUCCUCCGUUUCAAAAUAAGUGCAACAUUUGCAUAGUGUUUACUAUUCACAGUUUAAACUUUAAUUAGGUUUGGUGAUUUACAUUUUAGGAAAAACAUAGUCAUGUAGGAUCUUGUUAGAUUUGUCUGAAUGUGAAUUUUUUUAAUAUCAACUUUUUAUAAUUUUUAGUUAUUGAUAAUUGAAGAUAUUAAUGGUUAAAAUAAUGUAUUGGCAAACGUGAAAACAAGAAAUGUUGCACUUAUUUAGAAACGGAGGAAGUAGUUUUUAAUUUGUAUUUUCCAUCAUUCCCAUGAGAAUAGAGUAUAAUUUAGUCCACAAUUCGAGUUUAGUUUAUCGUCAUAAGAAAAAAUGGCAUAUAAAGAAAUUUCGCAAACAUUAAUGGACAAUCCAAAAGGGAAACUGGGCAAGCAUAAAGGGACGGAGGGAGUAAGCGAUAAAAUGUGGCUAGAUUAUUCUAGUAUUGCCUCCCAGUUUUUUGUGUUGUAAGGACAAAUUUUGGUUCAAUAAGUUUUUAGUAGAAUUGCAUGUGUAAGCUGCAUUCCACUUAC